AUGGAAGCUACAAUCCUGCCGAGUCGUGACAGACACGUCAAUGCGCGUGUCCUCAAACCCAUUCUGCGAGCCUACGCGCUCGGGUAUCUGUCGUCGGUCACGCCAAAACUCAUCUCCUAUGUACGGCGGUUGGGAAGCCACAAAGGCUGGACAACAGAACAAAAGCUUCAAGAGUUAGCUCGAGUCUUGACCAACCCCAUCCGCGUCAACGGUUUCCCUACAUUUUGCGCCUCUCUCAUCGGUGGCUCGACCGUGCUUCCCGUGCUGUUGUACCGGCUAUACGCAUCCAUUGCCGUCGGGCUUGGCUCUAAAGGCGACCUUCGGAUCUCCCACCGGCGGGACCGCCUCGUUCGAUUUGCCGCCGCAUUCCUAUCGUCAUGGUUCAGUUUCCAACUUCUCAACCGGAAUCGUGUCUGUCUGCGGGCAGAAGAUGUCAGAGCGAAACGCGUCGCUACAGCAGAUGCCGAUCAGGUGGCAUCCGAUGUACGUGAGCAUCAACGGCCAGAGUUGGCGGGGAGGACCAUGGAUCUGACCUUAUUCACGGUCACGAGAGCCAUCGACGUGGUAGCGUGCAUUGCGUGGAACCGCUGGUCUCGUCGCCGCAAAGCCCAGAAUCGCUGGACUGUGGUCGAGUCGCUGGCUCCUGGUCUCGCGGAUGCGGGCGUGUUUGCUGCAAGCGCGGCAGUAGUCAUGUGGGCGUGGUUCUAUCUGCCCGAGCGGCUGCCGCGGACGUACGAGAAAUGGAUUGGAGAGGCUGCGCAGGUGGACUCUCGCUUGAUCGAGGCUCUACGUCGUGUCCGCCGUGGGGUCUUUGUGUACGGGAAGGAAACGGGUCAAGCGCCUCUGCUCCAGUCCAUGUGCAAGGACUACCGCUGGCCCGCGGAGUGGGGGAUCCCGUCAAGACAAUUCCGAUUCCAUGCGAAAUGGUCCAUAUGGGCUGUGGCCCCAGCUCUUGUCUUGCGUCUGCGGGGACUCAAGUCAGCCGCCUCCCUCCGCCGGGCUCUUUUGGAUUCCGCCCAGUCCUCCGCCUUCCUCGCCUCCUUUGUCAGUCUGUUCUACUAUGGUGUUUGUCUAGCGCGAACCAGGAUCGGCCCCAAGGUCUUCGAUCAGAAGACCGUCACCCCGCUGAUGUGGGACUCCGGCCUCUGCGUCGCGUCGGGAUGCUUCAUGUGCGGAUGGAGUGUAUUGGUUGAAAAGGCACGGAGGAGACAGGAGCUGGCGCAGUUUGUGGCACCCCGGGCUGCCGCCACGAUUUUGCCACGAUUGUAUGAUAAAAAGUAUCAAUACCGCGAGCGCGUUGCAUUUGCGGUCAGCGCUGCUAUUCUUCUCACCUGUCUUCGAGAGCGCCCCAGCAUGGUCCGUGGUGUUUUCGGUCGCAUUACGACCAGUGUGCUGAACUAG